AUGCUCUGCCGUCUCCUCUCCCUGCUGCUCCUGGCCGCCCUCCUCGCCGCCGCGGCUGGGCACGGGGAUUCCUCCGCGUCCUCAUGCCCCUUCCACGGCGGCCACGACGAGGAGCCCCACGAGCACCAUGACCACGGGCACAGCUGCGGGGGCGCCCUCGACGAUUCCAAUCACGAGCACCACCACCACCACAGCCACCAUCACCGCGACGAGAUCCAGCGGCUGCUUCCCGAGGAACUGGCCGAGGAGGCGGAUCUCGAGCUCGAGGGCUUCGACCACGACCACCAUCACCACCAUGAUCACCACCACGACCACAUCCACCGCGAUUUCCAGCCAGAGUCAACACCCAUGGGCGUGUGGCUGAGAGCGAUGGGGUGCUCGCUGCUGGUUAGCAUGGCGUCGCUCGUCUGCCUCAUCCUCCUCCCAGUAAUCUUGUUUCAGGGGAAACCGUCGAAGGCCGUUGUGGAUGCACUUGCAGUGUUUGGGGCAGGCGCAAUGCUUGGAGAUUCAUUCCUUCAUCAACUGCCUCAUGCUUUUGGUGGAGGGCACUCUCAUUCACACAAUCAUGAGGAUCAUGAUCAUGCUCAUGAGCAGUCACAUGCACACUCCCUGAAAGAUCUUUCUGUUGGCUUGUCUAUUUUAUGCAAUAUUCCUCGAAACAUCCAACCAUUUCAUGCAGUUGGUAUUGUAUUGUUCUUUAUUGUCGAGAAGAUUGUGAGGUACGUUGAGGACAAUUCUCAAAGGGGGGGUCAUAGCCAUGGGCACCAUCAUCACCAUCAUAAGCGACAAGACAUUAGUGAUAAGGCCAAGUCGGGUCACAUAAAAAGUGACGAUGAGGGUAAAGACACAGAUCAAGUGCAACAAAAUUCUUUGCAUGAUGGCGCAACCAGAAAAAUGAUAGAUGCUGAAAAUGAGCAAGAGUCAAAUGCUACUAAGGAAGCCGUUUUAGGAUCACAGAGAUCAGGUUUGGACGUGGUGCCUGGUGCCACCGACAGAGAGCCUAUCAAUUCUGAAACUAAUCCUGCCCCUGGCAAAACAUUAUCGAGUGAAGAUCCCUCUGUUUCAAACUCCAACCUCGUGUUUGGCUACCUCAAUCUUUUCUCAGAUGGUGUUCAUAACUUCACUGAUGGGAUGGCUCUUGGAAGUGCUUUUCUGCUACAUGGUUCUGUUGGAGGAUGGUCUAGAACUUUAUUUCUGCUCGCUCAUGAACUUCCUCAAGAGAUUGGGGAUUUUGGGAUUCUGGUUCGCUCAGGAUUCACCGUAACUAAAGCCCUGUUUUUCAACUUUCUCUCUGCGCUGGUUGCUCUGGGUGGGACAGCACUGGCACUGUCGUUGGGAACGGAUCCAGGACAUUCCUCUUUGAUUGAGGGAUUUACUGCUGGUGGUUUUAUUUACAUUGCUGUUGCCGGAGUUCUCCCACAGAUGCACGAUCAGAAAACUACGCUAAGCAACUCGAUGUGUCAGUUGAUUUUCCUGACAAUGGGAAUGCUGGUCGCUCUUGGCAUAUCUUUGGUAGAAUGA